AUGCCUCUAAAGUCACCCACAAACCAUCCCAGUCCUGUUGGUAGUAGGGCCGUCGCUAAUGCUGAGGUUGUAAGGUUUAACAGUGACAAUGCUGGCAAUCGUAUGGAUGAAAAUCUGUCUCGUUUAAUUCGUGGAUGUCACGAUCUCAAGAAUAUUGCUUUCAUGGGAACUUUGGUGACAAGUGGCAAUGCCAGGGGCCUGGUGAUUGCUACGGGUUCUCAUUCGGAGUUCGGCGAGGUCUUCAAAUUGAUGCAGUCAGAAGAAGUGAGAAAUUCGCGACUUUCAUUUCUAUUCUUUUUGAGGGCCAUUUCGAUGUGA